AUGUUUCUCCAUUCGGGAGCGAGUCUUCAUGGCCAUGAAUACUCCAACCGCCCUCCAAUCUCCUCCCCCCCUCAACCAGCUCACAACCUACGGUCUCCUCUCUUAUCCGCCCUUGGGCCCCCCAAGACCCGUGUGAGCACCGCGCCUGUCGAUGGUCAGCCUGCGCCGGCACCCGCCCUCCGAACUCGGCCGGCGUCAGAGUACAUACCCCGGGCGACAGAGUCCGUUGUUCGCUUUCGUCAGCCCGAGGUGAAAGAUAUCCACGUGCCCGUGAUGCCCGACGAUGUGGUCUCCGAGUCCGAGCUCAGCGAUACUACCAUGUCCGUUGAUGGCACAAUAGGGGGGUCCGCUCGCCGCCGCCGCAGCAGACGCCGCGUACAGCGCAAGAGCGUCAUGUAUUUCCUUGGAUAUCCUACCCCCAAGAUACUAGGCAAGACCAAAGUCAUCCAAAAGGUUCUGCCCCGCCUAUUGCUGCAGCUCCAAAAAAUGUCUGAAGACGGACGUUCGCGCCCUAUACUCGAGAUUUUUCCCUCGUCGCGAAUUGCCGGCCCUGUGAUAGCGCCCCGUCUGGCCAAGCGAUUCCCAGGGAUAUUUGGUGUCAAGCGGCAGCUUGGAUAUGACGAUCUCGUUCUCGUGCGGAGGGAUGAUAACGACUCCAUACUCGAUGGCGAAGACGACGGCGACGAAGAUUUGGAGAAGAGGAGGUUGGUGGCGGUCUAUAGCCCUCUAAAGCACUCGGACGACGCCGAGAUUGUGCUGGAUGACGGGUCAGUCUGGUUAGCCCGGCCACUUGCGAACGGGUCGUACGAUUUCGUCAGCAUCAGCGCCGAAGGCGAGACAACGACGGCUCGCUGGGCUCGGAGGAGUGCGCAGGCUGCCUCAUCGUGUGGCGCAUCUGUAGAUGGCGGCGGGGCCGCAACAAAACCAGCUGCGAGCGUGCCGGACUCCCGCUUCACAUUCAGCGUUAUCAAUCCUCUGUCACGUCGCCAUCCCGUCAUGGCAACUCUAACACAUUCUACUCUCGAGGUUCAGGACACUUACACGUCAGUUUCUUCAUCUUAUGGCCGGUAUCCGCCUGCAAUCAGAACCGGCGCUUCGAACGGCGCGGCCUCUCAGCGGCUGCCUCAGCGGCUGUCUCAAGGCUCGACAGCAGACUAUGAAAGCGAUUCUGGACUGCCCAUGACUCCGGCGGAACCCGAAUAUGAGCGAACCGUGCACAACAUCGACGAUGUGACAAAGAUGCUCAUCGCCGUGACAGCCAUGUGGGUAGCGCUGCGUUCUGGGUGGUCUCCCACCUAUAAGUCCGGCAACGGACAUGGAUACUACCACGGCGAAGCUCAAUCGCCGCAGGUGUGCUCGCCGCGACGGGCCAGCAGGCGGGGUAGCAUGAGCCGACCCAGCGCGGGCGGCGAGACGCCCCAACUAUCCGAGACGGAAACAGUGCCUGAGCUCGGUGUCAAGAAGCGGUAUUCCCUGCCUUUACAGCCGGGUACGCAAGGCUCAUACACCCCUGCUCUCACAUCCCCGGCACCCUUCACCCCACGGCCCAUCCAACGCCGCGCCACCAGCACCGGCGCCGCAUUCAUGCAACGCCGGAUCAUGCAGACGACAUCCGAGUCCGAGGAGUCGCCCGACCGCAGCGGCAAGCGGAGGAGCUUUUCGGCUCCGCGCGUGUUCGGCGCAAAGGCUGAUUCGCCGCCAAUGUCGGCAGCAACAGCUUCUUUCCCGCCUAACAAGGGGCCAUCCACACCACCACUCCCACCGACGGAGGCCGCAUACUCACCACCUAAACAAGGCACAACGCCAGCCACCGCCACCCCUGCUCUCAGCAGCAGCAUCAACAGCAGCAGCAACGGGGGAGGAAAUGAGAAGGCCCAACACGUGGAGGGAAGAGGCAUUCGCUCGAGGUUGACCAGAUGGGCCCAUAAAUUCGGGGUUGGCGGUGGCGGCAAUGGUGGAGGGCGUUAG